AUGGAAGCGCUACUCGGUAUAGAAGUUGCGCUUCGGGAGAAUACUCAACACGAAGUGGCUCUUCUCGAGAAGAUAAAGCAGAUUGCGGACCAUAGUGCGCCUCUUGUUCAAGAAUUACAGGACGAGGUCUCAAAGUUUGCAAAGGAGUAUUGGUUUCUGGAACGGCAAUGGUGGGAAACAAAGGCUUCAUUUAAGGACAGCACGCUAACUAGAGGCAUGGAUCUAUGGCGCUCACAUCCGAAAUGGUAUAUGCACCGUGUGCUUCGCGAAGACUGCGUUGGAAGAGGGGGAUGCUGUGGAAGAAACUGUGGGUGCUGUUCCAAUCGCCAGAACAUCCUACGAAAGUUCGCAAUCGGCCAUUGCACUGUGGAGUGUUCCUGUUGCGAGCGAGCCCGAGGCUUUGAACUCGAUCCUAAGCAAAAGGCACAAAUUCAAGAAACAUUCAAACUCGAACUUGCUGGUCCACAUCCGUGGUAUUAUUAUCGGAUUCUGCUCGCUUCUUUUUUGGGGUUGAUGGCUGGUAACGACGGUAACCCAUUUGAUCUUAUUGAUGAUCCGCCGCCUAGAUAUGUGCCUACGACGACAUUUUGA